AUGCGCUCUCUUCUUUAUAACGCUCCGGCCCGCUUCGGGCUUCGUGUAGGAGCCCUGCGCACCUGCAUCUCGUCCCCCAGGUCCUAUGCCACGCCUGUGCAUCAGAAACGGAACGACCGCCCCCAGCUGAAUCUACCUGCCCUCGACGAGAAAUGGCGAUCCAAAUGGAAAGAGAGUGGUGCCCUGCACGACAUUGCAGACCCUGAGCUGCGCAAGCCGGAUGGGGACUCCCAGUCGGGACCCGGUGUCAAGGAGAACAUGUACAUCCUCUCCAUGUUUCCGUAUCCCUCGGGAAAGCUGCAUCUGGGCCAUCUGCGGGUCUAUACCAUCGCCGAUGUCAUGGCGCGUUACCACAGGCUGCAAGGGAAACAUGUCCUCCUCCCGAUGGGUUGGGAUGCCUUUGGUCUUCCCGCCGAGAACGCCGCCAUCGAACGUGGCAUUGACCCUGCCGAGUGGACGAGGGACAACAUGGCCCGCAUGAAAGAGCAGCUUGAGGUCAUGAAUGCGAGUUUCGACUGGUCUAGGGAGUUUGCCACUUGUGACCCGGACUUUUACAAACAAACCCAGAAGAUAUUUCUACGUCUCCGCUCCGCCGGUCUCGUCGACCGAAAGCGCUCCGAGGUGAACUGGGACCCAGUUGAGAACACCGUCCUGGCGAAUGAGCAGGUCGACUCCUCUGGCCGUUCAUGGAGAUCGGGAGCUAUAGUAGAGCAGCGGUCGCUCGAACAGUGGUUCUUAAAAAUCACCAAUUACCAGGAGUCUCUUCUCGAAGAUUUGAACAAGCUGGGCAAGGAUGAUGCAUGGCCAGAUCUCGUCUUAAGCCAGCAGAGGAACUGGAUCGGUCGCACCAAGGCUGCCUACUACGAUUUCAACUUGAACCUGCCCGAAGGCCAGACGGAACACUUGAAGAUAUAUACGACACGCCCCGAGACCAUAUUCGCCGUGCAGUACCUCGCACUUGCGCCCCAAUCUCCCCUGGUGCGAAAACUUGCUGAGAAGGAUGUAGAGCUCCGUGCAUUUGUCCAAAAGGCCGAGCAAUUGCCCCACGACUCCAAGGAAGGUUAUCUGAUCCCGAAUCUCACUGCAACGAGUCCCUUAAACGGGUCGGCGCCUGUACCAGUCUAUGUAGCGCCGUAUGUGAGGGGCGAUUAUGAGACGGGGGCGCUUAUGGCAGUCCCUGCCCAUGAUCUAAGAGACUACCACUUCUGGAAGCAACACCAAGGAGACAAACCCAUAGAGUACGCCGUCACCCCGGCCAAGGAUGGAUCCAUUAAAGGUUUAGAUGGCCCAUAUAUCGGCACCGGCUACAUGACUUCCCUUGCAAAGCCGUUUGCCCAAAUGGAUUCGGAAGGGGCUGCCGAAAAGAUUGUCGAGCAAAUCUCAACAGAAUCCUCGGCCGCUCAGCCUGUUACCAAAUAUAGGCUUAGGGAUUGGCUGAUUAGCCGGCAGCGGUACUGGGGCACUCCUAUACCUAUCAUUCACUGCAACUCGUGCGGUGCGCAGCCGGUUCCCGAUGCUGAUUUGCCCGUCACUCUACCUAGAGUUGACCAUCACUGGGCCGACGGCAGAACGGGCAAUCCUCUGGAGAGUGCCGAAGACUGGGUGAAUACUCCUUGUCCCAAAUGUCACGGCCCCGCAAAAAGAGACACAGAUACCAUGGACACUUUUGUCGAUUCCAGCUGGUAUUAUCUGAGAUUUGCGGAUCCAAACAACUCCGAACAACCUAUCUCCAAAUCAGCAUUGCAAAGCCAUUUCCCUGUAGACAUGUAUAUUGGAGGUGUCGAGCAUGCUAUCUUGCACUUGCUCUACGCUCGCUUCAUCUUCAAGGCGCUGCUUGACGUUGACUAUCCUGAUGUGGCAGCAAAGUUGCCUCUUGUCGAACCUUUCAAGCGACUCAUAGCACAAGGCAUGGUCCACGGCAAGACAUACACGGAUCCUGAUACGGGCAAGUUUUUAAAGCCUGACGAAGUAGAUCUCUCAGACUCCUCCAACCCAAAAAUGUCCUCUUCGGGCAAAAGGCCGAAUACUUCCUUUGAGAAAAUGUCCAAAUCUAAACACAACGGAGUGGACCCAACGUCCUUUGUUGGGCAGUACGGUGCCGAUACCACCAGAGCCCACAUGUUAUUCCAGGCGCCUGUCAGUGACGUGGUCAACUGGGAUGAAGACAAAAUUGCUGGUAUCACGCGUUGGCUCAAACGCUUACACAACUUAGUCGCAGACUUGGCACCCGUUGAGGAGAAGACUGCUUGGGAUGCACGAGAGUAUUUCAAGCAUCAAACACGGGCCACAGGCAACGGCGGGGAUCCCGCGCAGUUUGAUGCCGACGUCAACGUUUGGCGAGCAACUCAGCAGGGCAUCGCCGCCAUAUCGCAGUCGUAUGAAAAGGUAUACGCUCUGAACACAGUAGUGUCACACCUGAUGCAAUGGACAAACACGUUGCUGGAGAACAGUGCGGCAUCUGAACUGGUCAAGAUUGCAUCCGUCAGCCAGUUAUUACGCAUGCUAGCACCUAUUACGCCAGCCGUUGCCGAGGAAUGCUGGAGUAUCCUGUAUCCCAAAUUGGACAGCAUUUUUGAUCCGAAGGCUGCCAAUUGGCCUGUCGUCGACGGUACUCUUGAUCUGCUCACACAAUCCUUCAUCAAGUGUGCUGUUCAGGUCAAUGGCAAACUGCGGUGUGUUGUGCAGGUCACGAAGCCAUCGGACGAGCUGAAGCAAGGCAGUACGGACUGGAAAGACUGGUUCGUAAAUCAAAUCAAGGAGUCCGGCGAGGCGCAAAACAAGAUGAUGAAGCCCGACUGUGAUAUACGACAAGCAAGGAAGACCAUCGUCGUAAAGAAUGGUCAGACGGUCAACUUUGUACUAUAG